AUGGGUUCUGAAUUGGGUGUUACCGCUCACUCAAAGGCAGCGGCCAAUUCAAGUCCAGUGGCUAUCUGGUGGGCCUGCUGGGGCUGUAUAUGGACGCUCUUCGUCGCCUUGGGUGUCGCCUACCUGAUUGUACAUCGAGAUUCGCCAACAGUUCGAAUCCGAGGCUUAGGCCUCACACUAUCCGCCGUUUUCUUUCUUCAUAUCUAUUUCUGGUCGGUUCAAUGGGGACUUAUGAUAAGUACGCUUAUGCCGGGAGACGCCAUGUACUGGAUCAUGGGUACCUGGUUGCCCAUUGGCAUCUCUCUUUUCUACGCCUCCAACGGUCGUUUCCUCCAUAUUGCAAAGCUUCAAAAAAAAUACGCCAAUCCUUGCAACCGCCUCUCUAUCAAAUCCAGCCUGCAGAACAAGGCCGGCUUAGUUGGUCGCUUCCAGCGUCUUGACUAUUCCUCGAAAAGUUUCAUUGUUGUCGGUGUUGCAAUGUUCAUACAGAUUUUCCUUACCAUCUUAAUGUACAUCAUCUCUCGCAGAUUCCAUGACUCCUGGGGUAUUCCUGGCACCGAGGUCCACGGUACUCCCAUGGAGGUGAAGUCAGCACAAGGCAAAGGCUGGGAAUGGUGGCCUGGUGUCCUGUCACAAGUCUUCUGGUGCUGGAUUGUCGCUCCCUUUAUUCUCUGGAAGGCCCGGGAUAUACAUGAUACCCAGGGCUGGCGAACUCAGACCAUUGCCUGUGCGAUUGCUGGUCUUCCCGCGACCCCUCUGUGGCUCUGUGGAAUCUAUGUUGAUGCCAUGGCCCCAGUAAACACGGUUUGGCUUCCUCCGCAAUGGUUUUGCCUCUCUAUCACCGUCAUGGAAAGCUUCACCAUCUUUCUUCCCUGCUGGGAAGUUAUGCACCGCCAGGCUCUUCGUAAGGAGACCCUCGAUGCGAUCGCACAAUGGGAGGCACGGAAUAAUACCGGCGGCGAGGCCAAGUCACUCGGCUCCGGUCCCACCAUGGUCGAAUCUAUCUUGUCUGGCUGGAAGUCCACCAAGGGCUCCGUGCGAUCCAACGCCUCCAAUGAGAGUAUCCUAACAAUGAGUGCUCUUGAGUAUGUUCUUGAGCGCAACCCAGGCCCUCUCCAGGAGUUCUCUGCUCUCCGCGAAUUCUCAGGAGAGAACGUCGCCUUCCUCAUCGCUGUGGCCGAGUGGAAGAGCUCGCUGUCCGUAGCUCUCCAGGACAAGACCGCCCCUCGCGAUGAGAAGAUCAGGGAGUUGAUGCGUGAUCCUUUCAACCGCGCCUUGCAUAUUUACGCCGAGUUCAUUAGCCCAAGCCACGCCGAAUUCCCAGUGAACCUCAGCCAUCAGGUCCUGAGGAAACCGGAGCAGAUAUUCGAGAAACCCACCGCUCUCCUCUAUGGCGAGCGUGAGGACCCUGAGCCCGCCACUCCGUUCAGAGAAACUUUCAACUUGGAUUCACCUGUAUCCCCUCUCACGGGGGACUCGGAGAAGGGUUUCAGUGACUCGAUAAGUGAGAUUAAGAACCUUGUGCAAUAUUGGGGAGAGAUUCCUGCCGAUUUCGACGCGUCCGUGUUUGCCGAGGCCGAGGCAAGUAUUAAAUACCUUGUUCUCACAAACACAUGGCCGAAGUUUAUUCGCGACCAUCGAGCUUCAAUUGGCUCAUCUGCUUCUUUGGCUGGUGAGAGUGUCGUUCGUCUAGCCGAUGAACGCUCCAAUAAACCGACAUAA